AUGCUUGAGGCAAAGUCAAGAGUGAGGGAACACGCCAGGAAUAUCAGCAGGUCCACGCCCCGCGAGGCGACCCCUUCAUCCUCUGUGCGGCCGUCCCCAGCGCCGGGAUACCAGCAGCUGCCGACGAAAAACAACGUUCCUUACCCUCCCUCCACUCUCGGACCCAAUGCGGAGGGUCCCCUCGACCACUCCUUCAUUGGCAUGUCCGGCGGCCAGAUCUUCCACGAGAUGAUGGUCCGCCACGGCGUCAAGCACAUUUUCGGAUACCCCGGCGGCGCCAUCCUCCCCGUAUUUGACGCCAUCUACAACUCUCCGCAGUUCGAUUUCGUCCUCCCAAGGCACGAGCAGGGCGCAGGCCACAUGGCCGAGGGAUACGCGCGCGUCACGGGCAAGCCCGGCGUCGUUCUCGUCACUUCCGGUCCGGGCGCGACAAACGUCAUUACGCCUAUGCAGGACGCGCUUAGCGACGGUGUUCCCCUUGUUGUAUUCUCCGGCCAGGUGGCCACGUCCUCCAUCGGAUCCGAUGCCUUUCAGGAAGCCGACAUGCUCGGCAUCUCACGAGCAUGCACGAAGUGGAAUGUCAUGGUCAAGGACAUCUCCGAGCUUCCCCGCCGCAUCAACGAAGCGUUCAAGAUUGCGACGUCCGGCCGACCAGGUCCCGUUCUCGUCGACCUGCCGAAGGAUAUCACCGCUGGCAUCCUGAAGACCCCUCUGCCGUACAAGGCGACGACUCCUGGAACCCCUCUGGGACUCCCCUCAAACCCGCUGCACAGGACGAACCAGCCUCUGGACCUCGCUCUCAUCCAGCAAGCGGCCGACCUCAUCAACCAGGCGAAACGGCCGAUCAUCUACGCCGGAAAUGGCGUCCUCUCUUCACCUCUCGGUCCCGAGCUCUUGAAGCAGAUUGCAGACCAGGGCAACAUCCCCGUCACGACAACGCUACAGGGUCUCGGCGCGUACGACGAGAUGGAUGAGAAGAGUCUGCAUAUGCUCGGCAUGCACGGGUCCGCAUACGCGAACCUCGCGAUGCAGCAAGCCGAUGUUAUCAUCGCUCUCGGCGCGCGCUUCGACGACCGUGUGACGGGCAAGGUCGACUUGUUCGCGCCCGCUGCGCGUGCGGCGGCGCUCCAGGGAACCGGUGGUAUCAUCCACUUCGAGAUCCAGCCGAAGAACAUCAACAAGGUCGUCGAGGCGUCCAUCCCCGUCCUCGGGGACGUCGUCGCGAACAUGGCGGCUCUCGCGCCCUUGGUUCGUUCGUCGCCCCGCAAGGAGUGGUUUGACAACAUCCGCGAGUGGAAGGCGAACUACCCGUUCACGUACGAGAAGAGCAAGGCCGGGUCGCCGAUGAAGCCGCAGGAGGUCGUGGAGGAGCUCGACAAGCAGACGGCGCACCGGAAGGAGGACGUCAUCAUCACGACUGGUGUUGGCCAGCACCAGAUGUGGGCCGCGCAGCACUUCCGGUGGAGGCACCCGCGCUCGAUGGUGACGUCGGGUGGUCUUGGUACGAUGGGCUUCGGUCUUCCGUCGGCCGUUGGCGCGAAGGUCGGCGCGCCUCACAAGACCGUCGUUGACAUCGACGGCGACGCGUCGUUCAGCAUGACCGCCAUGGAGCUGCAGACCGCAUCGCAGUUCAGCAUCGGUGUCAAGGUCUUGGUACUCAACAACGAGUUCCAGGGCAUGGUCCUGCAAUGGCAAGAUCUGUUCUAUGAUGCGCGGUACGCGCACACGCGUAUGGUGAACCCCGACUUUAUCGCCCUCGCGAAGUCGAUGCGUGUUCACGCGAUCCGCUGUGAGCGCGCCGAGGACCUGCCGGCGAAGAUGAAGGAGUUCCUCGAGUACGACGACUCGAAACCGGUGCUCAUGGAGUGUGUGGUGGAGACGAACGAGCACGUGUUCCCUAUGGUCCCCGCGGGCAAGGCUCUGCACGAGCAGCUCCUGCACCCCUCGUUCCGAGCAGCAUACGCGAAGGCGCACGGUAAAAAGGCUUGA